UUCAGAACGCAAUUUAUAAACACUGACAUAAACAUCGCAUCGGAUGGAAGCAAGUAAGUCAAUCAUGACUAGCAAACAAAAAUGUUUAUAUCUCAGAAACGGUUGAUCUUUGGACCUAUCUUUACUAAAGCUGUUUUACUCAGUACAGUGUGCCCUAUACACCAUAUAAAUAUUGAAUGCUUUUUUUUGAACACCCUGUAUAAGAACCUAAACAGCUCAGUAACCUCUUUUAGAAACUCAACUCUCGCCACUUGUCCGCAAAGGGUUAAACGUAGAAUCCAGUUUGGAAUGCUGCAGCGUGUUAGACUUCCCUUGUGCAGUAAUUAUGAGACUGUAUCUCUAGCUGUUCCUUAUAGCGACUAUAGGAGCAGUGCAGUAGGCCCUAGUGACUCUGAGAAAGAAUGUCCAAGCAGCAGAAGGGACUCGGACACUCCACACAUACCAACUGCGCCGAGACUAGGUAUCACUGCACCUAGUGGAGAUAGCGAGAGUGGUGGCAGCCAUUCUCCAUCUCCCCGUGCUUCGCGGAGACGGCAGAGGACGCGAAAUCACUCCUUGACGUCGUUAUGCAUCAUCUCCCAUCACCCGUUCUUUUCGAUGUUCCGUGAAUGCCUUUUCGUUUUGAAGAAGAUCAUCGACGCGUGCAACGAAAGUUCCUCGCCGCAGAAAGUGGGGGCUUCCAGGCAGACCAACAGAGACACGGUGUGGAGUGUCCUGACAGGCCAAGUAUUCGAGGGAACGCCGUCAAUAGUGGUCCACGACGUGAGGGAAAUCGAGACGUGGAUAUUGCGUUUGCUGAGCAGUCCUGUCCCGGUUCCCACAAAGACACGCGUAGAGGUCGAAAUCGUGUCGCAAAGUAUGCAGCCACCACUCUGUUUUGCACUCCCAGAUCACACUAGAUUUUCUCUCGUUGAUUUCCCUCUGCAUCUACCCCUGGAACUUCUUGGCGUUGACAUAUGUUUGAAGGUCCUCACGUUGAUUCUCUUGGAGCACAAGAUUGUGUUGCAAUCCCGCGACUACAAUGCCCUGUCGAUGUCCGUAAUGGCGUUCGUAACAAUGAUUUACCCUCUGGAGUACAUGUUCCCUGCAAUACCGUUGUUACCCACGUGCAUGAGCUUCGCGGAACAGUUGUUGCUUGCACCGACACCAUUUGUUAUCGGAAUACCCGCAACUUUUUUAUUGUACAAAACGAACUUUAAAAUGCCCGAUGACAUAUGGCUAGUGGAUCUAGACAGCAAUAAGAUAAACGCACCCACUGGCCUGGGCGACCAGUUGCCACCGUUGCCCGAGCCAGAAGGCAGCAUACUAAAGAACCACUUGAGACAGGCGAUGCAACUGAUGGACCAAGCUGGCUCUGGUGCAAUGGCUAGCAUGACUCCGCAAUUCCUGCCGCAAGACAAUCCACCGCGAAUGACGCUUCAGACUCCCAGCAGGAGGGAGAGCAUGUCUUCUCAUCUCGCCAAUUUGAACGUUUCCUCGAUGAAACACAGACCCAGCGUCGACCACCACGGGCAUCCUCAAGGCAGUCCACUGGGUUCUCCCGGCGCAAGCAUAAUGCCAGGACAAGGUCGUCGAGCCUCCCUCUCGCAAUCGGGGGGUUCCUCGUCUCCCCAGAAACCUCCAUCCCAGUCCAUCCCUCCGUUCAACCCCUUCAUCUACGCGAACGACGUGGACUCCGUGGACAUCGCCACCAGAGUGGCGAUGGUGCGGUUCUUCAACUCUCAGAACCUCCUGGCGAACUUCACCGAGCACACGAGAACUCUGAGGCUGUACCCCAGACCCGUGGUCGCCUUCCAGAUCAAUUCGUUCCUUCGUUCGAGGCCACGCGCCAGCCAUUUCCUGAACAAAUUCGCGCGAACACAGGCGGUGGAAUUCUUGGCGGAGUGGUCUCUCACGCCCAGCAACGUGGCGUUCCUCAGGGUUCAAACCGGAGUGUUCGAUCCGACUCAGAUUGGCGACAAGCCCAAGUGGUACGCUUCCGGGCUGGAGCCUAUCUACUUUCCUGUCUGGGACUCCGGUAGCUCGCUGGCGAACGCCCUGAAGGCCAUGAAGGAACACGAGAGUCAGCCUACCGACGAAAGCGGAUCGGACUCUGAAGGCGCGGAGAGCACUAGUUCCUCUUACUCUUCUCUGAGCGACUUCGUCUCUGAGAUGGUCUCGUCAGACUUAUCGCCCAGCUACAACUGUUCGCAAGUGGCGCAGCCCCAGCAGAUGUCCCUGUCAGUGGACCCCAAGAACGUCUACAAUCCUCCAAGCACAUUGCAGUAUCCUGGAGUGGAGGAGGAGUCAACCGUGAGGCCUGAGAGUCCACCCAGCACCUCUUCCAGUCACAGCGACCUGAGCAGUCCCAGCUUCAACAGGGACUCGGAGUUCGAACUGAACCCUAAGGCUCAAGAAGGCUCCCAAUCGACCAAUGAUAAAGAGGAAGGUGGUAGCUUUGAGUCAGACUCUGCAUCAACAAUAACACCACGCACAAUCCUGAGCGCACAAAGUUCGGUAGGACAGUUCGGAGUAGGCAUGGGAUCUCUAGCCACUCCGACGGUCAGCGACAGUGAACGUCCUGCCACCUCCCACAGGACCUCACGUGUCAGUAGAUUUGUCGUUCCUAUUCAGCCCAGUGCAGCUGCUCUCCAACGUCACCCCAGCGUGGGUAACGUUCUGGCGAGAGCAUCCAGCUUUGGAACUGGAACUGGACCGAUUUUGCCACGGCAAAUGAGCAGCAGCAGCAACGAUAACUCGGAAUCGUCCACGGUUUCUCGACAGCUGUCGUUGGGCGCCACCACCCCCAAGCAGCCUGGAGAGGGUGGCCAGAGGCAGAGCGUUCCAAACGCCACUGGAAACGGUGUCCUCCGCCAGGGAUCUCAAGGAUCGCUGUUCGAGCAGAUCGCCACUCAGGCGAAGGACCUGGUUCGCGAAACCACCAGACAGAGCAGUCAGGAUGGGAUACUUGCUCAGAUGGAUAAGUUGAAACACCAGGCGAAGGAGAAGAUCACAGAGGCAGGCGAGGAGAGUCUGUUUGCUCCUCUAGAGCAGCUGACGCAGCAGACGAAAAAAGCCAUGGGCGAGGCGACAAAGUCCGUGCAGGAGGCUUCGAAAACCGCUUUGGAGGCCAGUAAAACCGCUGCAGGGGUGAGCAAGAACACAUUCGACGACCUAACGUACGUGGGCAAGAGCACUUUCGGAGACUUUACCAAAAGUGCCAAGGAAGCUGCUGCGAAGAAGGGCUUGAUCAAGGGUUCCAGUGAUUCGCAGCAAUCGCCCCCGCAGUCUCCAGUAAUGAUGCAGCGAAGGGAUUCGAGCAGUACACAAUUGGUAGCUUCGGAUAAUCGAGGAGGGCGCAGGGAAAUCGGACGUGAUUUUUUCAGCAAUAUUAGUAGCGAUUUAAAUGGCAUCGCUGCGCAAACGAGCAGCAUGUUUAGUGAUUUAUUCGGUAAGUUGAUUGUCGAUAAGAAUUUCUUCUGUGCUCUUAUUAAAUUCGUUCGUUUGAUUUCAUUUCCAGGGAGUAAAAAUAGUUCUAAUCGAAAUACCGGUCUCCAUCCUCAGUCGCAGAAAUCGGAGAAGAACAAACCAAUGCUCGGACCUUUCCCUAAAACUGGCAAAACUGGAUUAGUCGAGCGCUCGUCGUUGAUAAAGCACUCGAACAAGAGCAGCCAGGAGGAUAUUCAGAGGAUGCAGAACGCUGAACGGUCUAGCACCAACAGCGACAACCAAGCCUUCCUAACAGACGUGGUGAACCAAGUCCUGACUGGGGAAGGCGUUGGUUGGCUCAAGUUGAACAGACUGAAGAAGCUGAUGGAAGAUGAGAGCUAUCGAGACCUGGUGGUCACGAAGCUGAACAAAAGUCUCAAUAAGAAGAUCAGCCCUGAUGAUCAUAUCGACGAUGUGUGCAUUUCGAAACCAGUUUACAAGGGAAUGCUAAAGUGCCUUCAAGCAGUGGCUCACGGUCUUGGACACACUUACAAUAAUUUUGGCUUGGGUGGAAUGGCCUCGGUUUUUCAGCUAAUGGAGAUCGCGCACACCCACUACUGGAGCAAGGACCUGUCCGAGGGUGGCUUCGAUAGCUCCAUAAUGUCCCAAGCGUCCAGUCCUUUUGGGAGCAGGGAGAACUUGAAGUCGCCUCAAUCCCCCUCACAGCCAGAAUCAGCGGACGAGAGGCAAAAAUUAGAUCCACCUCAGGUUCACCUGGAGAUGCCGCACGGCCACACGUCGCCAGCGGCUGAGAAUCAAUCGACGACGGACAUGUUCCUGGAUAUGUUCACUAAAAAAGGAAAGUUUCUCAGCAAACUAACAUCGUUCGACUCUGAGGUAAAACAGGCCACGAGGCUGUGGACUUCCGUUGGAAUUCUCAAACUUCUCUCAACGUCUCUCAGAUAAUCGUCACGCUUUCUGUUGAAAGAAAGGAAGAUCACCGAAAAGAUAAUCGACUCUCCGGGCUGAGCGCGACAUUCUUUUCGAUACGAGAUUGAUCUUUCUUCCUUCUCGUAUUACAUAAGAUGUUCUAUUAAAUAAAUACGGCUGACAGCCACCACGCUUUACAUAAUAAAGGAAAGGUUUGACCAUUGUUAACCCUUUCGGUACUACUGCUGCCUAUAGGCGGCAUCCAUGAAACGGGUAUGAUUACUUUCUAUAGUAUGCAUUACAAAACUACAAAAGUAGACAUGGGCAAAACCGUAGGGUUCGAAUAAAUCUGAAGUUUGCCGAUGUGUUUGUCUCGUUUCCUUUUUUGGAAAAUGUUCAAAAGAAAUGAGAUUUAAAGUUCAGAUUUUGAUCAAAUAUAACUCCCAAGAAUUUGGCUUCUUUUACUGAUUUAAUUUCUAUUCCUAUUGUAGAGUUUGGGAUAUUUAAUGUGAAACUUUUGUAACAAAAGUUUAGUGUCAAUCACGCUCGAGAUUUCUAUGAAACCGCAAAACACGUUUUCGUAACUUACGCUGCCGUACGAUGCGACUACUAUUAUGGAAAAGUUCCUCGUACCACGAAUGUAUAACCGCGGCCCGCUCCUCCGUACCGAAAGGGUUAAUGUUAGCUUCUUUUUAAAAAUUACAAAGAAAUAAUUUCGAUAGAAACAAAUGAUCUUCGCUACAAGAAGACAUUUCCUCUUCCAAUAAACAUACUCUUUUUACAUUUUAUCAAAAGAAGAAGCGAAUCGAUGCUCGAACCUUUCGUGUAAACGGUACCAAUAGCCAGAAGAAGUUUGGUGGAUCUCGAAGAGGGAACUAGAGACCCACUUGGUAGACUGAGUUUAAAAAAAGGGACCUAGAGACUCAUAUUACCAAAUCAACCGCAAGUACACGAUCGAUAUCGAUUAAUUACACUAGUUUACAAAAUAAAAAAAAAAAUUACAUUCAACGGCACAAUUUUUUUCUUAUGUAUUUUGGCCUACUGAACUCGACAAUCGCAAGAAAAAAUUUUUCUAUGGAUAGGUUCUUUUUAUAUGAAUUUUUUUCGAUUUUUUUCUGACAUAGCUUCACAUUUUAGGCCAUAUCUCGAGUUAGAAACGUCCGAUUAAGUCGCACAAGACGCCAUUUUAAAGGUAAUCGAAUUUCCAACAAUUACUUUUCACAUUAUUUUCCAAUCGGUUCAAGAGUUUAAGUGUUACGCGCCAAUGUAUAUGAGAAGUUUUGAUUUUUUCGGUUAAAAUAGAACACGAAUAUUUCUUCCAUCAUCAUGGAAAAAUAGGAAUUGUCAAAUUAUGUCCAGUUUCUUAUUGUCUACGUAUAGAUCGCACUUUUACGAAGAAAACAAACUUUUGUUGAAUAAAAUUUAUGGAUAAAUACCGGAGGUAGGAACAAUUGAGUAAAGAUACAAAAAGGGUAUAGGCCGGAUAAGAGGGUCAAAAGUGCCCUUGAGCCAAAUUGAUCAAUGAACAUAUCACUUAAUAGAGUGUUAAGAAAAAACCAUUUAUGCCAAGUUUGAACCCCGUACCCUUACUGGAGGGGUAGUUACAGGGCGAAACGCAAUUUACAGUUUAAGCUGUAUAUCUUUCGUUGUACUGUAUCAAAAAGUUUGAAAAAAAUUACUGAUAUUCUACUUUACGGCGUACGUGUUUGUGAAUUUUUUCAGAAUUUUUCACUGUAAAAUGGAUUUUUUAAAAAUUCGAAAAAUUUAAAAAUAACUCGUUUUGAUAGAAAUUAUGAAAUGACCACAUUUAUAUUUUUACACUGUUAGUGUUUUGUUAUAAUUAUUAAUCUAUA